CGCGGUCCAUCGUCUUCGUGGCUGAUCGCCCCGUUGCUGUCGGAGAGAAAGACAGAGCCAAGAAGACGCUGCCCGCUGGGUUUGAGAUCAGAGAUUCUGGGAUCCCUGGGGCCGGUCUAGGGGUGUUUUACUGUGGAGACGGUGGCCUUCCCAUUGGAACACACUUUGGACCCUACGAAGGACACAGGACCGAUGAAGAGGGAGCCCUAGAGUGGAUACUCCUGGGAGGUCAGUGUGUUUGUAUUCAUUUAUUUUGAUCUAGUCUUGUGUGUGUGCUUGUGUGUUUAUUGGAUGGCAUAGAGUCUGAUUAACACAUUUCUCCAGAUCUACAAUAGCAGACACAAUGAUUACAUUGAUGCAAAGAGAGAGACAUUUUCUAACUGGAUGAGGUACGUCAAUUGUGCUCGUAAUGAAGAGGAACAGAACCUAAUAGCGUUUCAGCACAAAGGAGGGAUUCUGUAUCGCUCCUGUGGCCUCGUGACUUCAGGAGCAGAGCUCUUGGUCUGGUAUGGGGACGAAUACGCCAGACAUCUGGGAAUCGGAUUUGAUCGACUGUGGAACAACAAGAGCUCUACUAAAGGAGGGAGAUCCCAGCUGACACCAGCACAGGCUUUCCCCUGUCCCGAGUGUCCGUACUCCUACACGUCUCAGAUCUUCCUCCACAAACACAUGAAGAGGAGCCAUGGCGACCUGUACGGCCGACUGCUGAGGAGUGGAGAAAUCAAGGUGGAGCCUAGUCUCCUCCCAUACGUCGCAGCCUCCUAUCAGGAACCAAUCGGAGCCUCCCCGGGAACCGUCCAAAGCACGAGCCAGAUUCCAGCAGAAGGAGCCGGACAACACAGAUCAUUGCAGAAAGGACAGUACAGGCUGGUGGGGAAGAUGAUUGCCCUCUGCCUGGUGCAGGGGCAGGUCUCUCCGAGAUUCCUAUCACAGCACCUCUACAGACAGGUUUGUAAUCUGUCCCCUCUUCCUGCCACUUUGGAAGAGGUGACAGAUUACAAUUUGAGGACCAAGCUCCAAAAGAUUGCAGAUGCCACACAUGUGGAAGGUGCCAGGGAGGCUAUGGAGGAGGCCACAGACGAGCUCUCCCUCAUGGGCUCCUUCUCCUUUGUGCGGAGCCUCCCGCAUAGGGAUGAGCUGCUGGGGGCAGCCCUCAACUUCCUCACAGAGGGCCGUAUUUUGACUGCUCUCAAUCAAUUCAAAGAAGGGUUGGAGACCUUCGGGAUUCUAGCUCUUUUGAGGAUCCACCAUGAGGAGCUCAAGGGGGUCUUCAUGGACACACCUGAGCCGCUGCUGGCCUCCCGGUUGGAGUCCACAUUCAUGACGUCCUACCUGUCUGAGCCGGGCUCCAAUCGGAGGAGGAAGGAGGCCAGGACCCUUAUAUAUUGGAGGGACUGGCUGAUCGAGGUGGAGGAUGGAGAUACGAGUCUCACCCUGGGGGCGGUUCUGGCGUUUGCCACGGGCCUCAAAAGGAUUCCUGCUGUGGGUUUUCCCAUCGGACCCCGGCUUGAAUUCCUCCAUGAGGAAGAUGGACCGGCCCUUUUCCCCACGGCCAAUACCUGUUCCCUGGUCCUCAGGCUACCGGUGUAUCUGGAGUACAAUCGAUUUAAGGAGGCCAUGGAGGAAGGAAUAACCUCCUGUGGGAGUACCUUUGGCGUGGCCUAA